AUGGAGUUAUACAUUGAUGAUGUGGUGGUCAAGUCUCAAAACUUUAAGUUCCAUUUGGUGGAGUUGGAGCAGGCCUUGAAAAGAAUGAAGCUUAAUGGUCUGAAGAUGAAUCCAUCAAAAUGUGCAUUUAGAGUAUCAACUAGGAACUUUCUUGGUUUUUUAGUAUACAAUAAAGGGAUUGAAGUGGAUAAGAACAAAACUAGGGCCAUACUAGAAGCUAGGCUUCAAGAGAGCUUUAGGACAACUUACUUAUCCAUUGAAAUAAGGCCAACUGUCAUGGAUAAGAUCAAACAGAAAGCAAGAGUGUUCAAGCUGAAACCAGGAACAUUCUUGGCAUCCAAGAUCGAUCCCCGAAUUUGGAACUGA